GGUCUCGACCUGGAAAGAAGUGAAUACAAAGUGGGCGUGUCGUUGAUAUCACCGGCAAAACAAAACAAAACGUCGAUCCACGUCAAAAUCUUUGAACCUUUUGGUCGGUGUCGUAUUUAAGUGCCCGAGAGCUGAAAAGGAAGCAAAAUAAUACCAUGGCAGCCUCCAGCGGAACUUCCUUUGCUUUGGCUUCAAUACUAAGCAUUUUGCUCUUCUCCGGCAUGCAGAUGUACAAGCAUUGGCUAGCUUCCACGCAAGUUCAGACCAUCGUCGGUGGAUAUCUCGGAUCAGUCCUUUUCAUUCUCUCACUAACGGCUGUUGGAAACCUUGAGACGGUUCUCUUUGGAAAGGACUUCCAGACCAAAUUGCCAGAAGUGCUCUUUUGUCUUGUUGGCGCGGUAUUCGCUGCUGGAACAAUCCAUCGUGUUUGCACAACAACCUGCAUUAUCUUCUCCCUGGUUUCUCUGUACUUCGUGAACAACAUCUCUCAAAAGACCUACUCGAUAACAACUACAACCUACCAGCCACAGAUGUCUAAAAAGAAGAAGUAAAAGUGUGCUGACAUGAGGUUCUUCCAAUGUUUCGAUGAAUUCAGAUCUGUGUGCAUUUAUUGCUUUAUAAAUUCAGUUAAUAUGGUUUUUGAUAUAAAUAAACUUUUGUUCCUAAGAAAGAAAAA